GUGGUGGCCCUGGUUACGCCGGGUGGUGGCUGUGGGGUCCCAGGCUCAGCGGGGGCCAUUUUGCCGGAGGCUGGCUCCGGGAGUUGAAGGCCGGAGCAGCCUGGCAGCUGGCCGGAGCCGUUCCUUCUCUUCCUCCGCAGCUCAGGGCUUGGAGAGGAGCUGGAAGGCUGGGCUUCAUCCAGCCCUCCCCUCGGCAAUGUUUCCGUCCAGCUCUCGCUACCUGACCACCCUCCAUGGCGGCCGCGCCUUCGGAGCCGCUCCCGCUGCCGCCUCUUGCAACCCCUGGUUCCUAUCGCCUCCUGAGGCGCUGUCGUCCUUCUGCCCCAGGGACUGAUGGUCGUCGAUCUGGGGGCACGAUGAGAGGCGAGAAAAACUACUACUGCCGUGGGGCUGCCGGGGAUCAUGGCUCCUGCCCCGCGACACCCUCGCCUCUGGCCUCGACCCUCCUGUUACCGGCGGAGGCUGUUUCAACUAGCUGGUCCGGUCCUGGAAGUGGGCUGUCGGGCGGAGAUGAAGAGGAGACUCGGCUUCUUCAACUCCUGCGCGCCGCACCAGAUCCUUCCGAGGCUUUCCAGGCUUUGCAGGCUGCCUUGCCGCGGCGGGGCGGCCGGCUUGGCUUUCCCCGCCGCAAGGAAGCCUUAUAUCGGGCGCUGGGCCGAGUACUUGUGGAAGGCGGUAGUGAUGAGAAGAGGCUCUGCUUGCAGCUUCUCUCGGACGUUCUCCGGGGUCAGGGCGAGGCGGGUCAGCUGGAAGAGGCCUUUAGUUUAGCGCUUUUGCCUCAACUCGUUGUCUCCUUACGAGAAGAUAACCCUGCCCUACGGAAAGAUGCGCUGCAGAUCCUGCACAUUUGUCUGAGGCGUAGUUCUGGGCAGGUCCUGAGAACUCUUAUACAAGGCCUGGAAAGUCCAGAUGCCCGGCUUAGAGCUUCCACUGCGCUGUUGCUCCCCAUCUUGCUUACACCUGAGGAUUUGUUGCUGGGCUUGGAUCUCACCGAAGUAAUAAUAUCUCUCGCCCGAAAGCUUGGCGAUCAGGAGAUGGAAGAAGAAUCUGAGACAGCAUUCUCGACACUUCAACAAAUUGGAGAGCGACUUGGUCAAGAGAGGUUUCACUCCUACAUCUCUCGUUUGCCCUCUGCGCUGAGGAGGCACUACAAUCGCCGCCUGGAGUCCCAGUAUGGAAGUCAGGUUCCUUAUUAUUUGGAGCUAGAAGCCUCUGGGUUUUCUGAAGAUGCUGCCCCAUGUGUAGUGAAUCUUUCCAGUAGCAAUCUUAAAUUUGGGAUUAUCCCUCAGGAACUGCAUGCAAGAUUGUUGGAUCAGGAAGACUAUAAAAACAGGACUCAGGCUGUUGAAGAACUAAAACAGUUGCUGGGGAAAUUUAACCCAAGUUCUACCCCUCAUUCUAGUCUUGUUGGUUUCAUUAGCUUAUUGUAUAACUUGCUAGACGAUUCCAAUUUCAAAGUAGUCCAUGGCACCCUUCAAGUUCUCCAUUUACUGGUCAUUCGCCUGGGAGAGCAGGUGCAACAGUUCUUGGGACCAGUUAUAGCAGCUUCUGUGAAAGUGCUGGCAGACAACAAGUUGGUGAUCAAGCAGGAAUACAUGAAAAUCUUUCUAAAGCUAAUGAAAGAAGUAGGUCCUCAGCAGGUUCUUUCUUUGCUCCUGGAAAACCUUAAACAUAAGCAUUCCAGAGUACGGGAGGAAGUAGUGAACAUUUGCAUCUGUUCCCUCCUGACCUACCCCAGUGAGGAUUUUGACUUAUCCAAACUGUCCUUUGAUCUUGCUCCAGCUCUUGUGGAUAGCAAACGCAGGGUAAGGCAGGCAGCUCUAGAAGCCUUUGCUGUUUUGGCAUCAUCAAUGGGCUCAGGUAAAACCAAUGUUCUUUUUAAGGCUGUAGAUACUGUUGAAUUGCAGGAUAAUGGUGAUGGAGUGAUGAAUGCUGUGCAGGCCCGAUUGGCCAGAAAAACUCUUCCACGGCUAACAGAACAGGGGUUUGUGGAGUAUGCAAUACUCAUGCCGUCUUCUGCCCAGGGCAGGUCAAGCCAUUUGGCACAUGGAGCAGAUACAGACUGGCUUAUGUCUGGUAACAGGACUCAGAGUGCACACUGCUACUGUGGUGACCACACCAGGGACAGCAUGCAACUGUAUGGAUCCUACAGUCCAACCAUCUGUACCCGAAGGGUUUUAAGUGCUGGAAAGGGGAAAAAUAAAUUACCAUGGGAAAAUGAGCAGCCUGGAGUCAUGGGAGAAAACCAAACUUCCAAUUCCAAGGACAUUAAAGAUACAGAGCAGUUUGCAGCUCAUGACCUUAUCCCAUCUCCAAAAUUAAAGCCCUCUCAAGGAAUGCCAGUCAAUGAUGAUUUAUGUUUUAGCAAAAAAAGGUCAUCAAGAAACUUAUUUCAGAGUAGUCGGGAUUUUAACUCAGAUUCAAUUCCUACAUGUGGUGCUGGUAAUACUGCAAAUCUUCAGACAAAUCUUUCUGAGAAAUGUGGGCAACUUGGAUUGUCACAGAUAGGUUGUAAAACUGGCAGUGUGGGUUCUGACUUACAGUUCCUGGGGACAGCCAAUGGCCAUCAAGAUAAAGUGUAUGCUGGCCUUAAUUUUGGCAGUAAGACACAGCAAACAUUCGGUAGUCAAUCAGAACGACCUUCUUCAUACUCUGGUUCCAAUUCAAGCCCAGGACCCUUUACCCUUCCAUCCUGUCCUCUCUCAUCACCUCGAACUAGUCCAAAGCACACAUCUCCUCUUUCUGUAUCUCCAAAGAAGUCUCAAGAUAAUCCCAUUAGUUUCUCAAAUUCUUGGCCUCUUAAGAGCUUUGAAGGACUAUCAAAGCCAAGUCCACAGAAAAAGCUUGUCAACCAGAAGUCAGCUGACCCUACAGGAGAAAAUUUUCAAGAAAAAACUACUCCAGUUCAACUUACACCUGCCUUGGUGAGAUCACCUUCUUCCCGAAGAGGCCUAAAUGGGUCAAAACCUGUCCCUCCCAUACCAAGGGGAAUAAGCCUUCUGCCUGAUAAAACUGACUUAAGCACAGUGGGACACAUAAAGAGACAGCCUGAUGAUAUUUGGAAAAGUGAAAAAGAUAAUCUUACAAUUGAUCUUUCAGAAUUGAAUUUCCGGGAUAAAGAUUUGGAUCAGGAAGAGAUGCAGAGCUCUCUAAGGUCCCUUCGUAAUAGUGCAGCUAAGAAAAGAGCCAAACUGAGUGGCAGCAGCAGCACCUCUGAUGUUGACAGUCCCGACUCUGCUAUGAAGCUUGAGCUGACCAUUGACUCCCCAUCCCGCUCCUCCUCCCCAAACAUCAGCUCCUACAGUGAGAGUGGAGUUUACAGCCAAGAGUCAUUGACCUCCUCUCUUUCUACAACUCCCCAGGGGAAGAGAAUAAUGUCAGACAUAUUUCCAACAUUUGGAUCAAAACCUUGUUCAACAAGACUUUCUUCUGCAACGAAAAUCUCCCAUGCUGCUGAACAGAGUUCCAGUAUAGGGAUAACAACAUCCAGUGUAAGCAUAAUUGGUCAACGUAUGAACUAUGGGUUUGGAUGUGGUGAUUUUGAAGAUGAUAGGUCACAUGACAUUUCACCUAGUGCUUUAAAAAUACAAAAUAAGGAACACCCAAGACAUAAGCAUACAAAAGGAUUUACUAGGUCAUCAAAUUUACAGCAGAUUUCCAGUUUUGACUUCACAUCUACAAAUACUUUAUCAGAAGACUCAGUAGUAGUUGUUGGAAAAGGUGUAUUUGGAAAUCCAAAUUCAGUACCAACAACUUGCAACCAGCCAGUGAUAUCCUCUGUGGAAAAUGAGGAUACAUUUUCAGUGAAACCAAGCAUUGAACCACCAUCAGGGAUUUAUGGAAGAGCAGUCCAGCAUAAUAUUCCACUAUAUCUUGAUGUUGAAAAUGACAAAGAUACUAAAGUUUCUAUUGCAAAAUCUACUUAUGACAAAAUGAGACAAAAAAGAAAAGAAGAAAAAGAACUUUUUGAUACUAAAGAUUGUGAACGGAAAGAGACAAAUCCCUGGGAACGAAUAAAACAUCCAGGAACUGAUAAAAUGACAUCCGAGAAUGAACCAUCUCCUGGAGUCAUCCCACAAUAUAAAGAAAGAAUGUCUUCUGUCACUUACAGUCCAGAGAUAAUGGAUUCAUUAGAACUACGGCCAUUUUCCAAACCAGAAAUAGCACUUACAGAAGCCUUACGGCUUUUAGCUGAUGAGGAUUGGGAGAAGAAGAUGGAGGGACUGAAUUUUGUCCGAUGCUUGGCUGCUUUUCAUUCCGACCUGUUGAACACAAAAUUGCAUGAAACAACCUUUGCAGUAGUUCAAGAGGUGAAAAAUUUACGCUCUGGAGUGUCCCGGGCUGCUGUGGUGUGCUUAGGUGACCUUUUUACAUACCUGAAAAAGAGCAUGGAUCAAGAACUAGAUACUGCAGUAAGAGCUUUGUUGCACAAGUCUGGAGAAUCGAAUACAUUCAUAAGGGAAGACGUUGACAAGGCAUUGAAAGCUAUGGUUAAUAAUGUAACUCCUGCACGGGCAGUCACUUCUCUCAUCAAUGGAGGACAGAGCCAUCUGCACAUUGCAGUAAGAAGAUGCACUGCCCAGCACUUGGCAGAUGUAGUAGAAUGUAUGGAACCAGAGCGGAUUUCAUCUGGAACAAAGGAUAUGGCGGAUCGUUUGUUGCCUGCUGCUGCUAAGUUUGCUCAAGACAGUUCACAAGAAACCAGGUAUUAUGGUCGAAAGAUGCUUUUCCUCAUGAUGGGUCAUCCUAACUUUGAAAAACUACUUGAAAAGUAUAUCCCAUCCAAAGAUUUGCCAUAUAUUAAAGAAUCCGUUAAAAAUUUACGGCAAAAGGGUUUGGGAGAGAUACCACUAGACACACCAUCAGCAAAAGGAAGGCGAUCUCAUACUGGCAGUGUUGGGAACACAAGAUCAUCAUCUGUUUCUCGAGAUGCGUUCAGUUCUUCUGAGAGAGAAGUAACUGAAGUUCGAGAAGUCCCCAGAAAAUCAGCUCCUCGUAAUUCCUUAGAAAGUGCUGAGUAUAUUAAAGUCAUAACAGGGUUAUUAAAUGCAAAAGACUUUCGUGAUCGUAUUAAUGGAAUUAAACAACUUUUAUCAGACACUGAAAACAAUCAAGAGCUUGUUGUAGGCAACAUUGUGAAGAUUUUUGAUGCUUUUAAGUCUCGACUUCAUGAUUCUAAUAGCAAGGUGAAUCUGGUGGCUCUAGAAACAAUGCAUAAAAUGAUUCCUUUACUUAGAGACAACUUGUCUCCUAUAAUCAAUAUGCUGAUUCCAGCGAUUGUGGAUAACAACCUGAAUUCCAAGAACCCAGGCAUCUAUGCUGCAGCCACAAAUGUUGUUCAUGCACUGAGUCAACAUGUAGACAAUUACUUGCUUCUACAGCCAUUUUGCACAAAAGCUCAGUUUCUAAAUGGAAAAGCAAAACAAGAUAUGACAGAAAAGCUUGCUGAUAUUGUUAUGGAGCUUUAUCAAAGGAAGCCUCACGCCACAGAACAGAAAGUGCUGGUGGUCUUGUGGCACCUCUUAGGGAAUAUGACACACAGUGGCUCCCUGCUGGGAGCUGGUGGAAAUAUACGAACAGCCACAGCUAAAUUAUCAAAAGCACUUUUUGCACAGAUGGGUCAGAAUCUAUUAAAUCAGGCUGCAUCUCAACCGCCACAUAUCAAAAGACGCUUAGAGGAAUUACUUGAUGUGACAGUUUUAAGUGAAUUAUGAGGUUUUGAUGAACUAGUUAUGAUGAACAGUUUACGUGAUGACAGAUGAAAUCUUUUUAAAGUUACGUUUUUAUUUUGAGUGCCUGAAUUUCAUGUCCAGUAAAUUAAGUCACGGGCUAUGUUUAUUUUGCAGCCUACCUGUGAGUAUAGAUCUGUCCUUAUAGCCAUCACAUGAAAAUCUAAAAUAAUGAAUAUAAACUAAUAUGAAAUAUAAACUGAUAUGAAAUCCAUGGCACCUGGGAUGAACUAAAUUUUAAAUAUUUUUGGGAAAAAUUCUGCUCAUUUGCACUAUUCUAUAGAAACUGCAAUUUAUUGCCCCAUAUGUACAAUUAGAUUUGUAAUUAAAAAUAUACUUUUUAUUAUGUAAUCAUGUUCUGCUAUGUCUCAUUACUCUGUCUUGUUUUAUGAAGUGGAAGAAAUGUCAUUUAACUGUUAUCACAAAAUAAGUUUUGUGUGCUGUUUGUGAAUAACAUGUUUUUUAAUCAGUCUGCUAAUAUGAUUAUGCAGUAUUAGCUUCCUAUAGCUGCUGUGUUACUGAUAUAUAUAUAUAUAUAUAUUUGCUAAACUUUCGGGUUGAAUCAUCUGCACAAUUGUGAAGUUCAAGAGUUGUAAUAAAGCAUGACGACCAAAGCUCAGAAGACACUAAACAUUUGGAUGCACGUUCGAGAGACGUGUUGAAUGUAACUUUAUUUUUGUGUGCAAACACUAAAUUUUUAAUUUGUGUAUGUCUGUCCAUUUAUAAAGGUAUUAUUUUGCUGCCCAGUUGUGUAAUUCUCCAAAAUAGUGCCAGGUCUUCUAUAGUUUUUCUCAGAAUUCUUGGGCUUACAAGUACUGUAUGCAUCUUAAAGAAGAAAAGGAAUGUUUGAAAUAAAAGGAUUUAUUUCUGUAGA